GCCGCGGCUGUGUCUCUUCCUCAUAAAGAUAUUCGUCAUAAAACUUUCCAAUAGGCCUUACUGCAUUGCAUUAUCAGAGCAUGACUUUGUAACAGGCGCGUUUCUAGCCACAGUAACACGGUCUCUUCGACAAAAGAAGAGCACUACGAAUGUACUUGAACGGCAAUGAAUGGAAGGACGAAAAGCUAUCAAUAAGAAAACACGAAGAAAGGUGAAGGUUGCUGAACCCAAAUCAGCAUGAUCGGCGGAGGGCUAUCAAAGAACGAAUAUGGCGAAUGAUGAACCAAGCAUUCCAUAAAGAGCUGCAAAUUCUUGGAGACUCAAUGUGUCCUCCUCGCAUGGAAUGAACUUGGGUACAAACCAGCAGACUGCGCUAGAACGCCAAGGCUUGCCAACUAUGCUCGUGACGGACUCGGAAUCAGACAGAGAGAAGCAACAAAGAGUUGUGCAGGUUUUAGAAAGUACUUAUCGUGGGCGCCGACGCUUCAUAUAUGUCGGCUACUUUAGGAAAGGUUCGCGGGUCGCUAUGUCUUCGCCUCGAAUUCGAUCGUCGGUUGCAGUCUUUUGAUGCGGGAGUACAGAGGAAACUUCCGCUAGCUUCCGACGCUUUUUGUUUACACGUGGACAGUACUCAAUCAUCGGGCCCGUACGGACACUAUGCAUUGCACGAUAACGGGAGCGUAUAAGGCGGUGGUUCAGUGAGUUUAUGUAUGUGAAACCAGUAAACACUGGAACUUUUUUGUAAUGUUCUAGUAGGCCGCGGCAUGUGAUCGACGUAAAAAUCGGGCCUCCAGCUCAGUAAAUCGUAGAUACGAGUCGGAUAUGUCGUACUUAUCGUCCCAAGGCAUCCUUGAGAAUC